AUGGGGCGCGGUCUUCUUGAGGUGCAUCUGGUCGACGCCAAGGGCCUCUCCGGCACCGAUUUCCUCGGGAAGAUCGACCCGUAUGUGAUCGUGCAGUACCGGAGCCAGGAGCGCAAGAGCCGCACCGCCCGAGAUGCGGGGAGGAACCCGAGCUGGAACGAGGUGUUCAGGUUCCAGAUCAACUCCUCCGCCGCCAAUGGGCAAGAUAAGCUGGUCUUCCGGAUCAUGGACCACGACAACUUCUCCCGCGACGAUUUCCUCGGCCAAGCAACGAUCAGUGUGACUGGCCUGAUCAGCAUGGGCAUGGAGAGCGGCAAGUCGCAGCUGAACCCGGCCAAGUACAGGGUGGUCACCGCCGACAACUCGUACCACGGCGAGAUCAAAAUCGGCAUCACCUUCACUGCCGCAAAGGUUGAUGCCCAUGGCAAGGUUGAAGAAGACGGAGCACAGGUUGGAGGCUGGACGCACAGAUUUCGUGAGCACAAGGCCUGA